AUGGCUACUACAAUUCGAAACAUUCCAGACGAGCUUCUGGUAGAAAUUCUUGGCAAGCUUUAUAAGAAAGACCUGAAAAUGGCUCGCCUCACUUGCGCUUUAUGGAGCACUUCUGGAGCCAAAUGGAUGUUUCAACGAGUCUACUUUGCACCUCGCAAGGCACCCAUGAAGAUCUUCUCGGAUAUAGCCGCAAUCCCUGCUUUUGCUGGAAAUGUGAAGGAAUUGAUCUAUGAUGGGAGGCUCUUCCUGCCCGAACUCGGAAAUUUCGACUCCUAUUGGACAGCUUUUCGUGCUCGUAUGGUAGAGGAAUUUGACCUAUACGAAGACCAUACGAGAAACGCAUUGUCUGGUGCUGGCAUGUACUUUGCCGAUAAAGUGUACCAACGUUCGAUAUGGAGCAUGUGGAAGCUAGGGGCUGGUGACAACAUGAAAAGGGAUAUUUCCGGUGACCGUAAGGAUUUUGAGACAAAUGUCGCAAACAGUCUCAUCCGAUAUGCACGUCUGCUUGACCAGCAAGAGAGCAUUUUCAAGAAAGGCAAAGAUUUCAAAGCUCUGUGUAAAGGGCUACGGUCCUUUCGGAACAUCAGUACGGUUGACACUCUCGUCGAGUUCGAUCAUUACUCAGACUAUAAUAUCCGCUCAGGAGAUAAACAUGACCGGUUUAUCGACCCUCACGAAUGGUAUAGUUUCCGGUCUCAACUUGAGUUCGGCCUCACCGUGCCACCUUCAAAAUGGUGCCGCCGGCCCGACUCCCAGGAUGGAGGAGAGCAAGACCAAGAGAAGCACAUCAAAUGGGACGUUCGUGGUGUCCACACCCUUUUCCGAGCUAUAUCAACACACUGUCCGAGCCUCAAAAAGCUAUGUAUAGCCUCAAUGGACUACAAAGCUCCAAUGACUAUCUUUCAAUUGUCCGAUACCGACACCGAGAAGGUUCGCAUUAUGGCGCGUCGCCUUACAACCCUGCAACUCUACCCGUACGUCACCAAAAGCGCUGAUGGGCCCGAAUACGCAAAACAGUAUCAUUGCCUAGAACUUCUUCUGCAGGAAGCUAAGGCAUUGCGCAUUCUGUCUUCGAGAGAAUCAGAUGACGGGAAUGAGGAUUUUGUCUCAAGUGAGGGUACCGAUUUCGGCAUGUUCCUUGGGAAGGUGUGGCCGCAUCUCACCAAGCUGAUCUUGACGUAUGCUUGCGUGAAAGCACGGGAUUUGAUGUCGAUUUCUCGAGUCCACAGGGGAAGCCUCCGCGACCUCAGACUGGCGAGCAUGUCUUUGCUCGGUGCAGAUCGAUGGGAGCAUCUGGGGAAGGAGAUGGGUCAGAUCCUUAUGCUACAUUACGUCUGGGUGCACGGAUUACGCGAUGACGUUACUAGGACAAGGAACUCUUCGUGGCCCUUGAUGGAUCAAGGUCUUACAUUUGUUCGCGACAUGAUGCAGUGGGCGCUUCCGGACCUGCUCGAGAUCGAAGAGGACUGUGGCAAGAUUACGGGAAGGCUGAAGGCUGACUCGUCAUGA